GUAAUUCGACUGUUACCUAGAGCUUUCUUCCGGCAUUAGGACUGACCGGGACUGCGCUCUACGUGUCACACGCCCAGAGCUUCAUAUUAGCCCUAAUUCGCGGAUUGACGCAUUUUUGAUUAAUCGAACUUGAUUUUGAGAAGAAGCCGAUGGACGGGGGCCGGACGUCUUCCCACAGCCUGCGAAACGUCUCAAGCCCAGCCUCCCCGUCGACGAGGCCCUUGUCAAAGUAACCUCAGAGACACGUCUUCCGUUCAAUUUCUGUUUUGCACACCGGCUCUCCAUUUUUCACAUCACUACAGCCGUGGACCAUUUAAUUUUAGUUAAAGAAUUCUGGAGUGCAUAAGAGUGAUGAAAAUGGGAGGUGGGAGUGAUCAUUUAUCAAUGAGGAACCCUUCCCUGCUCCUAGAAACUACAGCAAGUACUGAGUUAAGAAUCUCUUGAUGUAAAAAAUGGUUAAUUUUCCCAUCUCUAAGUUUGAAUAUUAGGAAACAAUUGGCUUUUAAAGGACCGAGAUGAUACCAUUAACACAUGCUGAAAAAUCCAAGCCGAUUUUGCCAAGACUCACCGAUCAUUUGCAAGGAUGGUUACGACUUAUAUUCUCAGACAGGAAUUCAAGGAAUUUGUUCUUGUUUUUACUGUUGAAUUUAUCAUUUGCAUUUGUGGAACUAAUGUACGGAGUAUGGACAAACAGUUUAGGUUUAAUAUCUGAUGCAUUCCACAUGUUCUUCGAUUGCACGGGACUGCUUGCUGGCCUUGCUGCAUCCGUUAUAACAAAGUGGAGAGCAAAUGAAAAGUUUUCAUACGGUUAUGUGAGGGCCGAAGUGCUGGCAGGUUUUGUAAACGGACUGUUUUUACUAUUUAUAGCAUUUUUUAUACUAUCUGAAGCUGUAGAACGUGCUAUAGAACCACCAGAAGUGAAACAUGAACGCUUGUUUAUGGUGUCAGUUUUAGGUUUAUUAGUUAAUUUAAUAGGGAUAUAUGCAUUCCAACAUGGACAUUCCCAUGGACAUUCACACAGUCACGACCAUCACAACAGCUAUCAAACAAACGAUCAUCAUGGACACAGUCACCAUGGCCAUUCACAUUUGGGCUCUGGGAACUCACAAAUUAUGAAAGGUGUAUUCCUCCACAUACUCGCCGAUACACUAGGAAGUGUAGGAGUCAUAAUAUCAUCUGUUUUAAUGCAAUCUUUUGGCUGGAUGAGAGCAGAUCCUAUUUGUUCAAUUUUUAUUGCAAUUUUAAUUGCUCUAAGUGUGAUACCGUUAAUUAAAGAUAAUACAUUAAUAUUAAUGCAAAGACAGCCAUCAGCGCUCGAUAAUCUUCUUCCCCAUUGUUAUCAAAAAGUAAUGCAGCUCGCAGGAGUUUAUGGAAUUCAGGAGCCACAUUUUUGGACCCUUUGCAGCGACAACUAUGUAGGAGCUCUGAAACUGGAAGUAUCCAAAGAAGCCGAUGCCAAGUAUAUAGUGAGUCACACUAAUCUGAUUUUUGCAGGAGUUGGUGUAAAACAGCUAUACGUUCAGCUUGAUUUUGCACCUAUGUGAUACUUAAGAAUUCCAAAUGGGGGGAGAAAUAAAACAAAUGUGGGUUCAUAUAUGCAGUUUCAAGUGUUUGAUUGAAAUUGAAAAUUUCACGUUGAAUUAAAAAUUGAAGGCCAUAACUUGAUUAAAACAAUUUUUCAGUCAAAUUAACAAUGCCUUAUUUUAAAGUGUUAAUUGAAAAUCCUAGAAAAUAGGUCAAAUAUCUUUAUAAAAAUUUGUCAUAAAUAAAUUUAAAAUGACUUUU